UGAUAAAAUUUGUAUCAAUCAAAGCACAAUGUUCUUAUGGUACAGAAUUAUAUUGGUGUUAGUGAUCACAUAUAACUUUACAAACAGUGCUUAUCUACCAAAAUCAGUUUCUUUGAGAAAGUUUCACUUUUUACAGGACGAUCAGAAUGCUAAUGAUUACGAACUUAUUCAGAAUCGGGGUAACAACGAACAUAUUGCAACAAAUGACGACCCAUACUUUUCCCUUCGCAACCAAAUCUUCAAUCAUAAGUCAAAGAGUAAGCGUUCUACUCAGGAUAAAGCCAGGGUCCGGGUCCGAUCUCAGCAACAAACCAUUGAUCAACUCAGUGACGUUAUACAGACUCUUUCAAACAAUGUGCAAAGUAUUGUCAACAGGCACAACGAAAUUUGUACUGAUCUAGUAGGGGUGAGUAGACCGCUAGAAUGUUUACCAGAAGAUUUGAGGGAAAGUUCACCAAAUCACGAGAGUAUUGCUAGAGAUUGUAAAGAUAUUCAACUUCGGGGCGAAAAUGUAUCUGGAAUUUAUGAAAUUCGUCCAGAAAAUAGCAGCAAAUCUUUUAAAGUCCUUUGCGAUAUGGAAAUUAGAGAAGGUGGAUGGAUUCAUAUACAAAAACGAUUUGACGGAUCAGAGGACUUUUAUAGAGAUUGGAAGGACUACAAGUUUGGAUUUGGAAACCUAAAGGGGGAGUUUUGGAUAGGACUUGAACAGAUAUACGCUCUUACCAAGCAUUACCCUACCGAACUCUUAAUAGAGUUAACUGAUAGAAAUAACACCAAGAGAUAUGCUCAUUACUUAUCUUUUGCCAUUGGCCCCGAAAUAGGAGGAUAUAACUUGACCACAAUCGGUGGAUUUACCGGUGACAUACCAGAUGCGAUGAAAAAUCAUAGAUUUGAAAAAUUCUCCACCAGAGAUUUUGAUCAAGACCAGUCAAAUAAAAGCUGUGCAGAAACGUUUAUGGGAGCUUGGUGGUACAAAAAAUGUUUCGAUAGUAAUCUAAAUGGCAAGUUUGUUAAUAUUAAGCAGCCGAGAAUAAUGAGAGGAAAAGGAAUUUCUUGGCUUAAUGUUUCAUAUCAUGAUUACUACUUAUCUGGUAGCAGAAUGUUACUUAGACCCUUGCACUUUUUUGAUUUACGCUUGUAAGAGAUUGUAUAUAUUAGUAGGUAUAGUAUAAGGAUACGUACUUGAAAUGUAUAUCCAUUUAUAUUAUUUUAGUUACUAACUAAUGUACCUAAACUGAAUAUUUUUGUUACUUUUUAUGUAUUUUUCAUUUAAAACAAAGUUUCAAUUAUAACCUUAACUAGUGUUGCCAAAGUUACCGAAAAUAUAGCUUUUACAGAUUUAA